AUGGCGUCCUCCGCCACCACCACCAGCACCACCCUCCUCCUCCGGCUGCUCUGCCUCUGCACCGUCUUGCCAGUCGCCCUGCAGGCGGCGCGCCCGACCAACAUCACCAUCGGCGCCCUCUUCGCCUUCGACUCCGUCAUCGGAAAGUCCGCCAGGACCGCCAUCCAGCUCGCCGUCGACGACGUCAACCGCGACCCCACGGUGCUGAGCGGCACCAACCUCAGCGUCGUCUUACAGGACACCAACUGCAGCGGAUUCGCAGGCAUAAUCCAAGCCGGCCUGGAGCUGAUGGAGAAGGAGGUGGUGGCCGUGGUGGGCCCCCAGUCCUCGGUCAUCGCGCACGUCGUCACCCACGUCGCCAACGAGCUGCGCGUACCGCUGGUGUCCUUCGCCGCCACAGACCCAGCGCUCGCCUCCACGCAGUACCCCUACUUCGUCCGCGCCGUGCACGACGACAGCUUCCAGAUGGCCGCCAUCGCCGACAUCGUGUCGCUCUACGGAUGGAGGGAGGUCACCGCCUUCUACGUCGACGACGACUACGGCCGCGGCGGUGUCGUCGCGCUCGCCGACGCGCUGGAGGCCACGCGCGCCAGGUUGUCGUACAAGGCCGCGUUCCCGCCGGGCGCCGACCGCGCCACGCUCGCCGACCUCCUGCAGCGCGCCAACUCGAUGGAGUCGCGCGUCUUCGUCGUCCACGCCAGCCCGGACUCAGGCCUCGACGUCUUCGCCGCCGCGCAUGACCUCGGCAUGAUGGUCGCAGAGUACGCCUGGAUCGCGACCGACUGGCUCGCCGCCGCCGCCAUCGAUGGUGCGGGUGCCGCCUCCGAGUCCAAUAAUAUACAGGGCGUCGAGUCCAAUAAUAUACAGGGCGUCCUCACGCUGCGCCAGUACACGCCGGACUCGGACGCCAAGGCGUCGCUCGUCUCCAGGCUCGCCGGUGCCGAACAACCAAGCAAUAAUAAUGCCACCGCCGUCGUCAACGCGUACAGCCUGUUCGCCUACGACUCCGUCUGGAUUGCGGCGCACGCCAUCGACCAGUUCCUCGACGAAGCCGGCGGCAACGUCACCUUCUCCGCCGACCCCAACAUCCGCGACGCCAACGGCAGCGCGCUGCGAUUAAGUGCGCUCAGGGUGUUCGACCAGGGCGAGCAGCUGCUCCGGAAGGUCAUGCUCGCCAACUUCACCGGCGUCACGGGCCGCGUGGGGUUCCAGUUCGACGCCGAUGGGAAUGGGCCUGGUAGUGGGAUCCUUAUCAACCCGGCCUACGAGAUCCUCAACGUCGGCGGCACGGGCGGCGUCCGCCGGGUCGCCUACUGGUCCAACUACACGCGCCUGUCGGUGGACGCGCCCACGCUGCUCGACGACGGCGGGCCGCCGCCCAACUCCAGUAGCACGACGCCCCAGCAGCAGAAGGAUCAGCAGCAGCAGAUGUCCAACGUCACCUGGUCUGGUGGCACGACGACCACGCCGCGCGGGUGGGCGUUCGCCGACAACGGCCAGCCGCUGAGGAUCGGCGUGCCGUACCGGACGUCGUACAGGGAGUUCGUGUCCAAGGACGACACGAGCAAAGACGGCGUGAGCGGCUACUGCAUCGACGUGUUCAAGGCGGCGUUGCAGCAGCUCCCGUACCCGGUGCCGGUGUCCUUCGUCCUGUUCGGCGACGGCGUGACGAGCCCCAGCUACGACGAGCUGGUGCAGAAUGUGGCGGACGGCUUCUUCGACGCCGCGGUGGGCGACAUCUCGAUCGUGACGAACCGGACGCGGGUGGUGGACUUCACGCAGCCGUACAUCGACUCCGGGCUAGUGAUCGUGUCCACGGUGAUGGCCAGGAGCUCCGACGAGUGGGCCUUCCUCAAGCCCUUCACGCCGGAGUUGUGGGGCACCUUUGUCGGUUUCUGCAUCUUCAUCGGCGCCGUGGUGUGGAUCCUGGAGCACCGGCACAACGAGGAGUUCCGGGGGUCGCCGUGGAACCAGAUGCGCACCAUGUUCUGGUUCAGCUUCGCCGCAGUGUUCUUCUCGCAAAGAGAGGAGACUGUUAGCAGUCUUGGUCGCUUCGUCGUCAUCAUGUGGCUCUUGGUGGUUCUCAUCAUCACCCAGAGCUACACAGCCAGCCUGACGUCCAUCCUGACGGUGCAGCAGCUGUCGACGGGCAUGCAGGGCAUCAACGACCUCCUCGCCGGCAACGACCCCAUCGGCUAUCAGCAAGGCUCCUUCGCCGGGAGCUACAUGAUCAAGGAGCUGGGCGUCAAGGCGUCGCGCCUCCGGGAGCUGCCCAUCGACGAGUACGCCGACAGCCUGCAGCGCGGACCCAGCAACGGUGGCGUGGCGGCCAUCGUCGACGAGAUGCCCUACGUGGAGCUCUUCCUCUCCUCCAACUGCCAGUUCAGGACGGUGGGCCAGGAGUUCACCAAGAGCGGAUGGGGAUUCGCGUUCCCGCACGACUCCCCCCUGGCUGUGGACCUGUCGACGGCCAUCCUGAAGCUGUCGGAGAGCGGCGACCUGCAGCGGAUCCACGACAAUUGGCUCAACACGGGGACGUGCGACUCCACCGACGGCGUGGGUGGCCCCGUAAGGCUCAGCGUGGCGAACUUCGGGGGCCUCUUCCUUAUCUGCGGCGUCGCCUGCGGCGUCGCCCUGCUCGUCUACUUCGCCAGGAUACUUUUCCAGUUCUGCCAGUACCACCGCCACGGGACCAGCGACGGCGCCAAAGAGGAGGACGAGGAGGAGGACGACGGCGGUGGCGGCCCGUUCCCUGACAAGGAGAAGAGCCUGCGCCGGCUCGCCAGGCAGACCAGCACCCGGGACCUCAUGUCCACCAAAGAGGAGGAGGAGGACGGCGGCGGCAGCCCGUUCCCUGACAAGGAGAAGAGCCUGCGCCGGCUCGCCAGGCAGACCAGCUUCCGGGUCCGGGACUUCAUGUCCUUCGUGGACAUGAAGGAGUCCGAGGUCAAGAGCGCCAUGCGGAGCAGCUCCACUUCCAGCAAGUCCAUGGGCCAGUCCCACAGCGACACCUCUGAUGGGCCGUCCUCCCCGUAG